CAUCAUUGAUCCGGAUUAAUCUAGGGAAAUUUAGGAAGUCUAUCGCUGAGUACCACUGCUCAGUCCGAUCAGAGAUCCGAUUAAUUGUCGUAAACACCCUCGAUUAAGAGUGACGUGUAAACGUAGUCAUUGUAGAACGGGAAAUCUUACAACUUGCGACGUUAUGAUACGACCAAUGUAGAUCUGGCUUAAUAACUUAUCCACACCACACACACAUACACACACACACACUCUCUCUCUCUCUCUCUCUUUCUCUCUUGCUCUCUCGUCGCAUGUGCGGUUCGGUUGAGCAAACAGCUGGGAAGAUAGAGAGAAAGAGAAAGGGAGAACAUGGAGAAGUCAAGAGGCAAAUGCGUCUAGUCGCGGUGCGGCACGCGCACGCGGAGAGGACAAAGAGAGGGGAGGGAGCGAGAAAGAACAGUAGAUACCGCGCGCGGGGUAUAUUAUCGCUGCAUCGCACCUGAUAGCUCACCGCGAUUUGACGCGAUCCCCGAAAAAGAGAAAAAAAAAGAACAUUCUCACCACGCUACGUACUACGUAUUACGCGCGUGGACCGCGCCGUGUUUCACUCGGAACGCGAGCGCCAUUGGCAAUGUCGGGAAGUGACAGCCCAACAUUCUUUCACGGCCAGCCCUGGUCUAGCUGGAUCGAAAGAAUCGGACGGGACAAGCCGCUGAGCGAUGAAGAAACAGAAGUCCAACCAUCAAGCUCAGUCACACGUCUUUCUGCAGAAGAUAUUGACUUAUAUGGCUUCUGCCCAGAGAGGGAUGAUUUUUAUGGAGUGGUAUGCGAAAUAUGCAAUGCCAUAGUAAAACCACAAGCUUUUAUUCAACAUAUGGAGUGUCGCCAUCCUUCCGGCACAGCAAGUUUUCCGCCUCCUUCGAAUCCGGUCGUGAAACCACCUGCGAAAACCCCUUUUUGUAAGGUGUCCAAGCUGAAGAAAACUACCAACCAGCUACCAACUCCUUCAUCUUCUUCGAUUCCCACUGCUAGUGGCGCAAAGCUGAAUCAUACAAUCGUCAAGCGUACUACGGAUCAGGCAAAUCUGUCUGCGAGUGGUUCGCUACCGAUCUCAUCGCCUCGGUCGCCCCUCGAGUCGAUCCCAGUGCAAACUACCUCUCCUAACGUGCCCGGCCCCUCGAAUCUUGUUGGUGUCUCAACCAACAGCGGUAGUAGUCCAGGCAAAAGCCCCAGUACCGGUGGCAGCAACAGCGGCGGUGGCGGCGGCAGUGGUGGCGGUAAUCAACCUCGCCGCAAAAGACUUAAAACAGACCGCUCAUUGCUCAAAGAUCGCGAAUAUGAUCCCGAUCGGCACUGUGGCGUUUGGAACGAAGAGACUGGCAAGCCUUGCACCAGGUCACUCACAUGCAAGGCGCAUACUGUCUCGUUGCGCCGAACGGUCAUUGGUCGCAGCAAGACCUUCGAUAAGCUCCUUGCAGAACAUCGAGCUGCGAAAGAACAGCCGAACAGCGGCAGCAAUCGACAACCGACAAAGAUGACAGUCUCUGGCACUAUUACCGUAGCUUCGACCGUUACCGUUGCCGUUGCCGCGGCAUCUAGCCUGAACAAUCCCCUUACUCCCAACACUCCAGUAUCCAUCGCUGAGCCAGAAGCGCCGAGCUCGCCGCCUGUACUAUCGCUGCCAGACACAUAUCCACUGCCAAAGGCUGUUGAUUUGCUUUAUCGGUGUCUGGCCCCGCAUGGCUCCACUAAACCUACCAAGCUCGAAGAAGAUUUCGCCAAUGCGGAGGAGUUGCAGAGUUUAGAGUCUACACUGGUCAAUUCUACCAUUGCAACCGACAACAACAGCAGUAACAGCGGCGGUGGUGGCGAUGGAGGUGGUGGCGGCGGCAGCACGUUGCAGCAACAAUCAGGUUCGAUGAUGGGACCGAUAUCUGUGAUGCUGCCGUCGCUGUCCCCGCUGCCGGGUAUAAACAACGAAGGAUCGCCAGGCGUUGCUACUCUGAUACCGAGCACUACAACGCCUACCGCGAUGCCGAUCAUAUCGAUGCCACUGCCAACCACUUGCGUGCAACCGCCCACGAUGGUUACGACGGUGCUUGAGGGCGAGACACCGGUGGAUAUCGAUACCGAAACCAUGUCUCUAUAUUCUCCCAUUUAUACCGCGACCAAAGAUGUCAAGUCGCAGCUAAUGAUGCAGAUACAAUCACGACCAAAUAGUCAUUCGUUGCAAUCACCCGUUUCGAUUAGGAACUAUCAGCAAAUACAAGCUUCUAUGCCGAGCUUGAAUUUAUUUAAGCCAGUGGAACAGCUGGAGCAACAGCAUGCAAGUCAAAUCAAUGGUAAAAGACUGAAUCAUGCGAAUCCGAUGUCAUCGCGACAGCAGAAAAGGCAUGGCAAAUCACAUCACGAGCAGUUAUCGUGUCAAUCGUCGCAGGACUAUUCGACAUCCGCAUCGAUCCAGGUUGAAGCGACAACUACACCGUCGCCAUAUCCGCAUUUUGGCGAUAUCUCCUGGUCGAAUUGUCAUCCGGAACCAUUGGCAGUUAGCCGGUGGCUUCGUCUCUCGUCCAGCCGCAAACAAUACAAUUUCAAUAUUCACUGACACAAGACCCCACCCACCCCGGGCUGAGGACUGAACGCUGCGGGCGUUGUUUGUCUACCUCCUUUCUUUAGCUACAUCACCCUUUCUUUCUUCGUUGCUCACAGCGUUGUCGUCGUCAUCCUAGUCGUUGCCACCGUAGUCAACGUCACGUCCACAGCCUAUCGAAAGGGGAGGGGGGGGGAAAGGGUUCUUAUUUUUGUCAUUCAUCGCUAUAAAUGUGAGUAUUUUGCGUAAUCGAUCGCAAAAAAUCUGUCCGCGAUGCCUUGGAUAAUGUUUCCGCACGAACUUCGAUAUGCGAUGUAAUCUUUCGCUUUCGUGUAUGAUAUCGCAUGAUACACGAAACUUUGAACAUCAGAUCACGAGUACGUCAAACGCCUAGAAUCUCGAGAAUUUCGUAUCUAGACCUUCAAACUUCUUACGGAACUCCAUGAAGAGAAGGAAUAGGUAUCGAUGUAUGUAUUCCACUCUCGUUUACUCGCUAAAUUUUUAAUGUAAGAUGGAGAAAAAAAAGAUGAAAACACAAAAGAAUGGGAAUGUGUAUCUUGAUAACGGCGAAUGAAUGAUUUACACAAUAUCGCGAUAUUGGAUAAAUUUCUGCACAUAAUUCUUUACACAGUAUACCAUGUGUUGUGUUUAUUUGUUAUACGACUUAUAAUGUUGCAGAACAUUCCGUCAAUCCUCUUCUCAGUUAUUCGCGUUACGACUAUCUCGUAAUGAUCAUGAGAGAGAACUGCAAUUAGUUUAUUAAGUGAUUUCUAGAUACUCUUAAAGAAAAAGAGAGAUAUAAGAGUUUGCGUUUGUAUAUCGAAAAUAUUUCGGAUAUAAUCAGAUAUAAAAUCAAGCGAUAUUGCAAUUUAAAUGUCAAAUAUUCUUGCCAAAACAAUUGAUGAUAAUGAUGAUGAUGUAUGUACGUUCAUUCGUGAUUUUUAUUCAAGUAGUUGAAGUUAUUUUUAUCAAACCGUUAUAUCA